ACAAAAACUUAGCUCAACUGUUGUCAAGGCAAUUUUUUCUUAUCUUUCUGAGUGUGUGUGUGUGUACGUGUGUGUGUACAGAAUGGAGGCCUGUGGAAUGAGCUCACCUAAGGAGUCUGCUAACCAGAGGACCGCCUCUCUGUUUGGGAGACCCUCAUACAAGUCCCUCACUCUGCCAUUGCAAGAACUGGCCACAUUAUUCUCACAGCCACUCACAUCGACUAAACCAGAGCCUAUGGAGCAAGCUACACCAUCUCCACCUAGUGAACAACCGUCCUCUGUACAUGUUGAGAUAUGUCAGGCCCCAAUGAGCACACUGAGAGCGUCUCAGAUGCAUGAGUUGGUGAGGGGAUAUCUGAUGAGGGCAGGUGCCCUGAGGGACAGUGUGGAUACUGAGUUUAGUGACACUGUGCUUAGUGAGCAUGUCAUCUCCAUCACCAUCACUGAUGUACCAACUGAUAAGUACAUUGACCCCUCCUCACCUCAUAUCCGGCUUCACGUAUACAAGCUCCAUGAUGAUGGACCAUCCACUGAAGAACUGGAAGAGGAGAGCAAUGUGUCGUCUGCUACUCACUGGAUGUUGCCAGCAACUGAGUUUCAUGGUCUUUGGGAGAGUCUUGUGUAUGACAUGGAUAUUAAACCAAAGGUGAUGUCAACUAUGCAUGUACACACUGUGAAUAACCCCUCCCCUCCCUCCCAGCUUCUGCGCUAUGUUGAGACAACGUUACUGUUCUCUGAUCGAGAGGUGAACUCAUCCAUCAUCUCCUGGAACAGAGUAGUUCUCCUAUACGGGCCCCCAGGGACAGGCAAGACCUCGCUGUGUAAAGCACUCGCGCAGAAGCUCUGUAUUCGACUGUCUAGAAGGUACAGCUACGGUCAGUUGGUGGAGAUUAAUAGCCAUAGUUUGUUCUCCAAAUGGUUUUCUGAGAGUGGGAAAUUGGUUCAGAAGAUGUUUGCUAAAAUCACAGAGUUGAUUGAGGAUCCUGAUGCCCUGGUGUGUGUACUCAUUGAUGAGGUGGAGAGCCUCACAGCUUCACGCAAGGCAUCCAUGUCAGGUGCUGAACCUUCUGAUGCCAUUCGCGUGGUGAAUGCACUGCUGACUCAGCUGGAUCAGAUACGACGGUACCCCAACGUCAUUAUCCUCACCACCUCAAACAUCACAGGUGCUAUUGAUCUCGCCUUUGUUGAUAGGGCUGAUAUCAAACAGUACAUUGGUUACCCCUCUCCCGCUGCUGUGUUCAAGAUCUACCACUCGUGUGUCCUGGAGUUGAUGAGGGUAGGGAUCGUUACGCCACGACGAGAUGUUAUUGAGCUGAGAGAAAAUGGUGUAACUUUCUACACACAAAGGCUGAAGCUAAUAGCAUGCAAGAGUGAGGGACUGAGUGGUCGUACUCUAAGGAAGCUACCAUUCCUGGCUCUCUCGACAACCCCCCACACGGCGGCCAUAGCUCUGCAGGGGUUCCUGUCAGCUCUGGACAGUACAGUGGACACCCAGCUGGGGGACAGGGAGGAGCUGGCCAGGCAGUGAGG